UUAUCCCUCCCUGAAAGAAUUACAGUUUCCAUUUCUGAUUUCACUACAACUUUUAUCUGAAAAACGAGGAGAGAGAAAAUGCAGAUAUUCGUUAAAACUCUGUCAGGCAAAACCAUCACCCUUGACGCUCAAGGCGGCGAUUCCAUUACCACUAUCAUGGACAAAAUCUACUACAAAGAAGGCAUUGUUCCUCAAGAGCAGCGUCUGAUUUACGCUGGAAAGCAGCUCAGUGAUGAUAAUACUAUCGCCGAUUACAACAUCCUGAAAGAAUCAACUCUUCUUCUGGUGCUGAGGCUGAGAGGAGGAGGAUGCGGCUCGUUCAGAAUUGCACCGGAUUUGCUGGAAUUGGCUCGUAAGUACAAGCAAUACAAGCAGAUUUGCCGCAGGUGCUAUGCUCGCCUGCCAUUGAGGGCUACAAACUGUCGCAAGAAGAAGUGUGGACACACUAAUCAGCUGAGGUCCAAGAAAAUAUUUUCACCUAAGGAGAGCAACGCAAGGGUGCACAAAUAAUUAGUAGUAGUACUUGAAGGACAAUAGUUGCUAACGACUUUAGCAUACUAAGGAAUAUCACUCGGACUUUACUCUGGUUUAACACGUAAAUUUUACACAACUAUGUUUACUGGUUUUGGUUGUGGUGAAGUUUAUGUAGCAUGAUACAAUCAAAAUGUUGCUAGAUCAACACUACUAUCUAUGGUUUAAUGAGCAGAUAUUUUGGAGAA